AAAUUGGUUGGACCUGCAAGUCGCCAACCAGGUAGCCUGUACCAAUUAAAACUUCACCAGCCCUGACUGGUGUGGCUCAGUGGGUUGGUCGUCGUCCCACAAAAGGUCAUGUUUGAGUUCCAUUUGGGGUAUGUGCCUGGAAUAUAUUGCAAACCAGGUACCCAGUAGGAAAGGCAACUGAUUGAUUGCCUUCUCUCUCCCUUCCCCUCUCUCUCAAAAUAAAGUAAAAAAAUAAAACAAAACAAAACUUCUACCCAAUACCUGCACAUUCACCCCUACAACACUGUCAUUCUGUUUUAGCCAGUUCCUUUGAAGUAAAUAUUCUUUUACUUUAUAUUUCUUAGAUUACUGGUGAGACUGUAUGAGAUCUUCUCAGCUAGUUUUUAAGCUUUUACAGGGCAAGGGGCAAGAUCAUCUGUCACCUUCGUAUCUGCUUACUGAAUAUUUGCUAAUUGAAUGAAUGAAUGAAUGCUACCAAAGCAUUUCUGCUUUAUUGGGUUGACACUGAAGAACAAUGAAUGGGCCUAGUGUGUGAGAGAUUAAAGAAAGCUGGAGUUGCUUGAGCAUGUGUGUCUGAACUAAGUGAAAGGGAACUCUUCCUUCAUUUUUCCUCUUCUGUGAGAGGUAGGUUAAGAAUCCAGGCUCUGGAGGCAGAUUUCAUGGAUUCAUCCCUAGUUUUGCCCGUUAGCUGUGCAGCCUUGGGCAGGCCACUUAAUCUUUGUAUUUCCAUUUCCUCAUUUAUAGAUUAGAGAAUAACAGCACUUGGUUGUGGGAUUAAAUUAAUAUCUGUAAAUUGUGUAGAAUGGUGCUUGGCACUCAGUAUUUGUUAACUGUUAUGUUAACUAUUAGGUUAUUCUUUCCAUUAUGUGUAUACAUUACUUGAGUAUCUGUGAUGUGUAAAGACUGUGGGGGGAUGCAGACAAAUUUGAAGAGAACCCUGCCUUGAAGAAGUUUAUAGACUUGUGGCUUGUUUAGAGAGUGGGAAGACAUUUGACAGGACUAGAUGAUAAGGUGGGGACUGGAGAGAGAUCAUUAGUAAGUUAAAUUAUCCCCUAAUCAGUAAGGAGGAAUUUUGUAGGCAAAACUAAGGAAUUUGAAUUGUUAUUUUAAAUGAUGAGAAGCCAGUGAUGAAUUUACAGCUGGAUUGGACUUGCAUUUGGGGUUGACCAUUUUAAAAGCAACCUAGAAGGUAGACGAGGCUGAAGGGUUUUGAAAACAGUUGAGGUGUAAGGAAGGGAUGAUGAGUGCCUGAAAUAAAGGAGUGGCUAUGUGAUUAGAGAAGAAGCAAUUUAUAUUGAGAACCGGUUAGGGAAUAGAAUUAGGAGUGGUGACUAUUAAAGGAAUAAAGUAUGGUUCAGAGAAAGUACAGACCCUGUGUAAUCUCUUUAGUGCCGUGGAGAUGAUCUGGAAGGCAAACUCUUUAGAGGCAAAUGAAAUUAAAUACUUUAUAAAAUCACAAUCAUUUUAUGAAAGAAGUGACGUCUUAAUAGCAAAAAGAUAGGACAUGAUCUCAGAAUAAAGCAUUUUAAUACUUAACCCAUGGAAAACUCACCACAAUUCUAUUUUUCUCUUUUUUCAUUUUCCUGUAGAUGGUUCAUAUACCAGUGUUUGGGAAUCACUAGUGUAGUCUAAUCACCUCUUUUUGCAGAUCAGGAAACAGGACCAAAGUUACAGAGCUUCGAGUCAGAAUUUGGAUUAGAAUCCAGGUCUUGACAGGUUAUUAGUGCAUCCCCGAGCAUGAGUGCAGAAUGAAGCGACGUUUGGAUGACCAGGAGUCUCCGGUGUAUGCGGCUCAGCAGAGGCGGAUCCCUGGUAGCACAGAGGCUUUUCCUCACCAGCACCGUGUGCUCGCCCCUGCCCCUCCUGUGUAUGAGGCUGUGGCCGAGACCAUGCAAUCAGCCACAGGCAUUCAGUACUCCGUCACUCCCAGCUAUCAGGUGUCAGCUGUACCACAGGGCUCCGGUGGCAGUCAUGGACCCACCAUAGCAGCGGUUCAUAGCAGCCAUCACCACCCAACAGCUGUGCAGCCCCAUGGAGGCCAGGUGGUCCAGAGUCAUGCUCAUCCAGCCCCUCCAGUUGCACCAGUGCAGGGACAGCAGCAGUUUCAGAGGCUCAAGGUGGAAGAUGCGCUAUCCUAUCUUGACCAGGUGAAGCUGCAGUUUGGUAGUCAGCCUCAGGUCUACAAUGAUUUCCUGGACAUCAUGAAGGAAUUUAAAUCACAAAGCAUUGACACUCCAGGAGUGAUAAGUCGUGUGUCCCAGCUGUUCAAAGGCCACCCAGACCUGAUCAUGGGCUUCAAUACUUUCUUGCCCCCUGGCUACAAAAUUGAAGUGCAAACCAAUGAUAUGGUGAAUGUGACAACUCCUGGCCAGGUUCAUCAGAUUCCCACCCAUGGCAUCCAGCCCCAGCCUCAGCCACCACCCCAGCAUCCUUCCCAGCCUUCAGCCCAGUCAGCCCCAGCUCCUGCCCAGCCAGCUCCUCAGCCCCCACCUGCCAAAGUCAACAAGCCUUCCCAACUACAAGCACAUACUCCCGCCAGCCAGCAGACCCCCCCACUCCCACCAUAUGCAUCCCCACGCUCUCCACCUGUCCAACCUCAUACACCAGUGACAAUCUCGUUGGGAACGGCCCCAUCCUUGCAGAACAAUCAGCCUGUGGAGUUUAAUCAUGCCAUCAACUAUGUUAAUAAGAUCAAGAACAGGUUCCAGGGCCAACCAGACAUCUACAAAGCAUUCCUGGAGAUCUUGCACACAUAUCAGAAAGAGCAGCGAAAUGCCAAGGAAGCUGGAGGAAACUACACUCCAGCAUUGACUGAGCAGGAAGUUUAUGCUCAGGUGGCUCGUCUUUUUAAAAAUCAGGAAGAUCUGUUGUCAGAGUUUGGACAGUUUUUACCAGACGCCAACAGCUCUGUGCUUUUAAGCAAAACAACUGCAGAGAAGGUUGAUUCUGUGAGAAAUGACCAUGGCGGAACUGUGAAGAAGCCACAACUGAACAACAAGCCACAGAGGCCCAGCCAGAAUGGCUGCCAGAUCCGGAGGCAUUCUGGGACAGGAACCACUCCUCCAGUGAAGAAGAAACCCAAACUGCUCAGCCUAAAGGAUUCUUCUAUGGCAGAUGCCAGCAAGCAUGGUGUAGGAACUGAAUCACUAUUUUUUGAUAAGGUCCGAAAGGCUCUGCGGAGUGCAGAGGCCUAUGAGAAUUUCCUUCGCUGUCUUGUUAUCUUUAACCAGGAGGUUAUCUCUCGGGCUGAGCUUGUACAGUUAGUCUCUCCUUUCCUGGGAAAAUUCCCUGAGUUGUUUAAUUGGUUUAAAAACUUUCUGGGCUAUAAGGAGUCUGUACAUUUGGAAACCUUUCCAAAGGAACGAGCCACAGAAGGCAUUGCCAUGGAGAUAGAUUAUGCCUCUUGUAAACGGUUGGGUUCCAGCUACCGAGCCCUCCCAAAGAGUUACCAGCAGCCCAAGUGCACAGGACGGACUCCUCUCUGUAAAGAGGUUUUAAAUGAUACCUGGGUUUCCUUUCCUUCCUGGUCUGAGGACUCCACUUUUGUUAGUUCCAAGAAAACUCAGUAUGAGGAACAUAUCUAUCGUUGUGAAGAUGAACGCUUUGAGCUUGACGUAGUUUUAGAGACCAAUCUGGCAACAAUCCGGGUUUUGGAAGCAAUACAGAAGAAGCUCUCCCGCCUGUCUGCUGAGGAACAAGCUAAGUUUCGCUUGGACAACACCCUUGGGGGCACGUCAGAAGUCAUCCAUCGGAAAGCACUCCAGAGGAUAUAUGCUGACAAAGCAGCUGACAUCAUUGAUGGUCUGAGGAAGAACCCCUCCAUUGCCGUCCCCAUAGUCCUUAAAAGGUUGAAGAUGAAAGAGGAAGAAUGGCGAGAAGCUCAGAGGGGCUUUAACAAGGUUUGGAGAGAACAAAAUGAGAAAUACUACUUGAAGUCUCUGGACCAUCAGGGCAUCAACUUUAAACAGAACGACACCAAGGUCCUGAGGUCUAAGAGCUUACUCAACGAGAUUGAGAGUAUCUAUGAUGAGAGGCAAGAGCAAGCUACAGAAGAAAAUGCUGGUGUACCUGCUGGCCCACACCUCUCACUGGCCUAUGAAGACAAGCAGAUUUUGGAGGACGCUGCUGCCUUGAUUAUCCAUCAUGUGAAGAGACAGGCAGGCAUUCAGAAAGAGGACAAGUACAAAAUCAAGCAGAUCAUGCAUCACUUCAUUCCAGAUCUGCUCUUUGCUCAGAGGGGUGAUCUCUCGGAUGUAGAAGAAGAAGAAGAAGAAGAGAUGGAUGUAGAUGAAGCCACAGGGGCGUCUAAGAAGCACAAUGGUGUUGGGGGCAGUCCCCCUAAGUCCAAACUACUGUUCAGUAACACAACAGCGCAGAAGCUAAGAGGGAUGGAUGAAGUAUACAACCUCUUCUAUGUUAAUAACAACUGGUACAUCUUUAUGCGGUUGCACCAGAUUCUCUGCUUGAGGCUUCUGCGGAUUUGCUCCCAAGCAGAACGGCAGAUUGAAGAAGAAAACCGAGAGAGGGAGUGGGAGCGGGAAGUGCUGGGCAUAAAGCGAGACAAGAGCGACAGUCCUGCCAUCCAGCUGCGUCUCAAAGAACCUAUGGAUGUCGAUGUAGAGGAUUAUUAUCCAGCUUUCCUCGAUAUGGUGCGUAGCCUCCUGGAUGGCAACAUCGACUCAUCACAAUAUGAAGAUUCACUGCGAGAGAUGUUCACCAUUCAUGCCUACAUUGCCUUCACCAUGGACAAGCUCAUCCAGAGCAUCGUCAGACAGCUGCAGCACAUCGUGAGCGAUGAGAUCUGUGUACAGGUGACUGACCUUUACCUGGCAGAAAACAAUAAUGGGGCCACUGGAGGCCAGCUGAACACACAGACUUCGAGGAGUCUCUUGGAGUCAGCAUAUCAGCGGAAGGCCGAGCAGCUCAUGUCAGAUGAGAACUGCUUUAAGCUUAUGUUCAUUCAGAGCCAAGGCCAGGUUCAGCUGACCAUUGAGCUUUUGGACACAGAAGAGGAGAACUCAGAUGACCCUGUAGAAGCAGAGCGCUGGUCAGACUAUGUGGAGCGUUACAUGAAUUCUGAUACUACCUCUCCUGAGCUUCGUGAGCAUCUGGCACGGAAACCAGUAUUUCUCCCAAGGAACCUGCGGCGGAUCCGGAAGUGUCAGCGUGGUCGAGAACAGCAGGAAAAGGAAGGGAAGGAAGGAAACAGCAAGAAGAGCAUGGAGAAUGUGGAUAGCCUGGAUAAGCUGGAGUGUAGGUUCAAGCUGAACUCCUACAAGAUGGUGUAUGUGAUCAAGUCCGAAGACUACAUGUAUCGGAGGACCGCCUUGCUCCGGGCUCACCAGUCCCAUGAGCGUGUAAGCAAGAGGCUACAUCAGAGGUUCCAGGCCUGGGUAGAUAAAUGGACCAAGGAGCAUGUGCCCCGUGAAAUGGCAGCAGAGACCAGCAAGUGGCUCAUGGGUGAGGGGCUGGAGGGCCUGGUGCCCUGUACCACCACCUGUGACACAGAGACCCUGCACUUUGUGAGCAUUAACAAGUACCGUGUCAAAUAUGGCACAGUGUUCAAAACCCCGUAACUGCAAAGCCAGAGCAGAUAACUUGAGGGGGGUGUGUGUAGGGUGGGGGUGGGCUCACAUGCCCUCACACACGCUGAAGAAACAAGGAAGAUGCCUUUCAAGCCUCACUGGGCCUCUCUGGGACAUGGCCACCUAAUCUGUGCGUACAGCCUGGCACCAAGUGGGCUACAUGUAAUAAACAUGGGUACCUUAAAAGCUGACCAGAGCUGGAGCUUUCCCCAACAGGGUUGGGUGUUACCCUGCCCUGGAGAGGGAUAUCCAUGCAAGCACAGACAUGCAGCUUGCUUGCACACACCAGCAGAGCUAAGACUGGAGUCUCCUGGGGCCUGACCUUCGAAGAGGGAACCAGGUGCUGUUCACAUCUUGGCUGGAUGGGCGUACAUUGACAGACUGGAGAAGGAUGCAACGCCCAGAUGGGUUGUAACUCAUGGUCACUGCUCCUCUUCUCUCCCCCAAAAAGGGGAACAAAACUGGAUUUGAUUUUCUCCCCCCACCCCCCCCUUGGUCACUCGAGCACAUCUAGAGCAUCCAUUGGAUUUUAUCUGGGACCUGCAGUUUGGCUUUGGGAUUGAUCAUCUUGUGGAUCUGAUUCCUGACAAAUCCCUUGCUGCCUCCCUUUUACUCUCUCCGCUGGUUAUCAACCUCAACAAGUUCAAAUUAGUCCUUUUUAGCUCCCGUGGAACUGUUUUGUACCUGCUUCUUUACAAGUCUGCCCUAGUGCCAUCCACCAGCUUUACUCUUUCUCUCACACACACAAUUUUAACUUGAUUUUUCCUUUUUUUGUAAAUAAUGUACAUACUGUCAAUUUUUUAUUAAAAGAAAUAUGCUUUGAUGUGCUAGCAUAACUGUUCUAGCUUCUUGUGUAUUAUAGUUCUAUGUGGCUUCAAAUUUAGUACCUAUGAACAGGUGUGCAAAGGCAUUUAUUACACUUUUUACCAAAGGGAGUUACUGUUGUAGUACUUUUGUGUAAAACUUGUCUUCCCCUUGCCCCAACUUUUUUUUUUUCUUUUUCUUUCUUUCUUUUUUUUUUUUUUCUCUUUUCCUUUUUCUUUUUUUUGGUAAAUAAAUAAAGCUUGGUUCUUAAGGAAUAAACGUGCAACCCAAGUCCCUUGUCCGCACCAGAGAACUAUUACAA